AUGGAUACUAUCAACAUGCUGUUUAUGACUCAUUACCACUGGUGGAUAUUUGUGCUCUCCUUUCAUCCCUUUCUAUGCGCCUCUCUGGUUCGGACCGACGGGAAUACGAUCCGGUACCAGUGCAAUGAGGAAGAAGCUGCAGGCACGGUGAUCGGAAACCUGGCCAAGGACAUGUCCUUGAGCUUGCCCCACUCCUCCAGGACCAAUUUUAGGAUGAUGAGGCAGUUUAAUGACUCGUUCAUUCGAGUGAGGGAGAGCGACGGCCAGCUGAGCGUCGGUGAGCGGAUGGACAGAGAGAGAAUGUGCCGACACACUCCACAGUGUCUAGUCACUUUCGACGUGGUGAAUUUCUCCAAAGAGCGCUACAGAUUGAUCCACGUCGAGGUGGAGGUGAAAGACAUCAAUGAUAACUCCCCGGAGUUUCCCAGCGCCGAGUCUGUGGUGGAGAUCUCGGAGAACGCGGCCGUGGGUUCUCAUAUUCCUCUUGACCCGGCCGUGGACGCAGAUGUUGGCUCCAAUUACAUCCAAAGCUACCAGAUUUCUGUCAAUAGUCACUUCACUAUUGAUGUGCUUCUGAGAGCCGAUGGGGUUAAAUAUGCGGAGUUGGUACUGAUGAAGGAGCUCGACAGGGAGACCCAAGCCUCUUUCUCUCUGGACUUGAUGGCCACGGACGGCGGGAACCCAUCCAGGUCCGGGUCCACCAAGAUAACCAUUCGAGUGACGGACUUCAAUGACAACAGUCCGGUUUUUGAUCAAAAUAGUUUUUCGGUGAGUUUGCCGGAAGACGCGCCGGUCGGCAGCGUGAUCCUAGACUUGAACGCGGUGGAUGCCGACGAGGGUGCGAACGGCGAGGUCGUGUACGGUUUUGGAAAACAGGUUUCUCACGAGAUCCGGGAUCUUUUCCACGUGGAUAACAAAUCAGGACGCCUGACUCUCAGGAGCCCGGUGGACUAUGAGGACAAGCAUACGUACGAGGUGGAUGUCCAGGCCACCGACUUGGGCCCUAACCCAACCCCCUCUGUGUGCAAAAUUGUCAUACACAUCACCGACGUCAACGACAAUGCGCCGGGGAUCAGCAUCACCCCCAUGACCUCCAUCACCACGGGCACAGCGCACAUCAGUGAAGCGGCAGAAAAGGACAGCCUGGUGGCCUUGGUCACCACCUCGGACCGGGACUCGGGGGUCAACAGCCAGGUCCACUGCACCCUCUAUGGCCACGACCACUUUAAACUACGUCAAGCCUAUGAAGACAGCUAUAUGAUUGUGACGGCAGCCCCACUGGACCGCGAAAGAAUCAGUGAGUACAACCUCACGGUCAUGGCCGAGGACUUUGGGUCACCCCCACUCCGAAAAAUCACUCAAUACACCAUCCGAAUCAGCGACGAGAACGACAACGCCCCGCACUUCACCAAGCCCGUGUACGAGGUGUCUGUGGCGGAGAAUAAUGCCCCUGGUGCCUACCUCGCCACUGUGGAGGCCACAGAUGCAGAUUUGGGCCACAAUGGCAAAAUCACCUACAGACUAGUGGACAGUCUAAUCAUGGGAUCCCCUGUAAACACCUUUGUCUCGCUCAAUUCGGUGUCAGGGUCAAUCUACGCCUUACGGAGCUUCAACUACGAGGUUAUGAAGCAGCUAGACGUGCACGUCCAGGCCAGCGACGGGGGCUCUCCGCAGCUGCAGAGCACAGCGGUCAUCCGGUUAAAAAUAGUGGACCAGAACGACAACGAGCCUUCUAUCAUCGAGCCGCCUCUGUACAAAGGCUCUGCGGAUGUCUUCCUGCCUAAAGAUGCCCCUGCGGGCUACGUGGUAACACACAUAAAGGCCACGGACGCAGAUGAGGGCCUCAACGCUCAGUUGUCCUACAAGAUUACGGAAGGGGGGCUCCUAGGUUUCUCCGUAGACAAAGACACAGGGAAGGUGCACGUGAGCCGGCAGUUGACGUACGACCUUACGGACAAUGUCAAAGUGGUGGUGUCAGUAAGCGACAACGGCUCCCCUUCGCUGACCUCCACGGCAGUCAUACAUUUCAAUUUCAUCGAGGGUACCGUGGCCAGUGUGCCUUCCUCCUCUCAGGACGGCGGUGACUACCUAUUUGAAUGGGACACAUCCGUUGCCGUCAUCAUCAUCCUGGCGGGGAGUUGCUCCCUCCUCCUGCUGGCUAUCAUUCUCAUCACUACCAUUUGCAGCCGCCGCAGGAAGGAGACGAGGGAGGGCUACGACGAGAGGGAGGAGGCGCCCAAAAAGGCCGAGAGCGUGGAGAGUGGUCGCGUGGAAGCGUUAAUUGGCGGCCACGUGGGGAAAGUCUUUGAGCCGCACCCUUUCCCGGAGCAGCCACCAAUGGCCGCUUGCAACGUGGCGGAGAGGACCUGCGAGGAUGGGCAGCAAGCGGCGGGCGUCUUUGAACCCAGCAACAGAGUCAUGGAGGGCAAAUUAAAGGGCUAUUCCACUCUACCCGGCUAUGGGAAAGAAGCGGUCCGACCAAUAACAAUAUGGAAGGGUAAUUCCUUCACAACAAUCUCAGCCAGAGACCCUCAUAUCAGCGGCAAGGACAGCGGCAAAGGAGACAGCGACUUUAACGACAGCGAUUCCGACAUCAGCGGGGAUGUGCACAAAAAAGACUCGCCCCCCAACAACGCUCUGUGGGCUUGCACGAGCGAGUGCAAAGUGCUGGGCCACUCCGACAGAUGCUGGAGCCCGUCGGCCACCAGGCCCAACGCUAGCGCCGCCUCAGGGUCCAACCUCUCAACCUUCUCAAAGACGGCUUCGCUUCCCCGGGACAGCAGGAGGGACCACUACUACCCGUCGCACGUUCCCAAAGGCAACGGCCUGCAAAGCGUGUAUGAAAAAGUCCAACACCAGGAGUUUGAUUAUAUUCUCGUCGGGCCGCCUACACCAGCCAGAAUACAGGAAACAGACGAGAUUUCUAUCCCAGAGUACACAAACUCUUAA